AUGUCGGGUAUGUCAUUUUAUUUUCAAGUAUUUUAAGGUGUAAUUAGGUAUAUUAAUAGUAAGUUUUGAUCCUGACAAAAGUUGUAUAUUGUAUAAGUAGCAGAACACAAUGUUGAUUUUCCCUUGCUCGAGAUGUUCUUUUAAUGUUGCUUCUAAUAACACAAUUUCAAAAUCUGAAAUCUGAUUAUGAGGUCAAAUAGGGAGAAAAUCAGAAUCCGAGAAUAAGCCCAAACUCAGUAGGCAUCUUUUACGGUAAACGGGCUGAUGGUUGAGGCUGCUUUUACGGUAAAUACCAUACCAAAGUGAUGUUUGGAAAAUACGUUUGGAGCCAAAAACUCUUGCUCCCAAUCUCUGGCCUAGGGCGAUCAAGUGGGGGACCCGCCGCCAAGAACCUCAAGAGCUACCGAAAGGUGACUAUGACGAUAGCGAGGCCAGGGAAAGUGCAGGAAAGUGCGCAGAGCUGAUCCUUGCCUGCCUCCACGCUCUCCUGUAAUCUCGAUCACACUCCUUCCACCCCUCCGGAUCAUCUCAUUGUUUAAGCUCCAGGCCCCCUUUCACUCUUUAAUUAGCAACUUUGCAGAAAACAAACCCAAAAACUUAUUGUUUGGAGUGGCAUCGACGUUUUCAUUAAGAUGCUGCUGGUGAUAAGGGUCCUGAAUAACACUUUAGACCUUAAUUUUAGCCAAACGCCAGUCUAUUUUUAAAACUUUGAGGGAAUCUGCACGGUGCCGCCAAGCUUACUUUGGUUAUUGCACUGUGCAAUCACUUUGAUAAUCUUAUGUCAUCUUAUUUGAUCGCUAAAUUAAAGUUAUUUUUGUAUAAUGAUUAAAAAGUAAUACCUUUGGUUUCAGCGUUCGCAAGCAUGAUGGCCUCGUCCAUGGACGAGGACGAGAAUGGCAUCGGUGGAGAUGGAGGGGCGGGAGGCGACGAAAACCGAACAGAUCUCUGGCAACAAACACUACAGGUAAGCAACCUAACACAACAUAACUGUUGGUUUAGAACCUUAAACACAAUCCUUUAUACUAGUCGUUCGACCUCCAAACACCACCUUCCCACUAGCAGUCCAGCCCUCUAAAGAACGUCUUUUCACUUGUAGUCCAGCCCUCUAGAGACACGUCUUUACCUCACCUCAGACCUCCAAACUACCCGAUACCUCGUAGUAUCAGGUUCACUCGUUUCUCCUCCCUUUAAACCCGUUUCAAUCUCUUCAUGAGCUUUUACUUGCAGGCUGCGGUUGCCGCAACGAGUCAGCAGGAGAAUGCGCGGAAGCGGGCUCAGCAACGCAAACCCCGCAACACGGCCAACAACACGGUGGAGCGGGUGGAACGGUCUCUGCUCUGCCUCCGCACCACCAACCCCAUCCGCAAGUUCGCCAUCCACAUCACCGAGCUUCGCGCCUUCGAGUCCAUCAUCUUGCUCAUGAUAUGCGCCAACUGUGUAGCUCUCGCCGUUUACCAACCAUAUCCCGCCCAGGACUCGGACUCCAAGAACACAAUCCUCGUAAGAUUCUGACUGAUGCUAUCCUUACCUCUUGAUAAGAUACAUCUUCAGAAGAUGAUAAUUAAUGAUAUUAAUGUCACUUUAUUCACAGUUCUUUGAGAUAAUAUUACAUUAUCAUAACCUAACGCGUACCGUAUUUCAGGAACAAGUGGAGUAUCUGUUUAUUGUUGUUUUCACUGUCGAAUGUGUUCUCAAAGUGAUAGCCAUGGGGUUUUUCUUUCAUUCGGGUGCUUAUCUUCGUAAUGCUUGGAAUAUUCUCGAUUUCAUUAUUGUUGUUAUUGGGUAAGUCAUCGGUGUUACAGUAUGAUUGAUACUGUAAAAAUUCAAUAUUUUACAAUUUAUUAUUAUUUUUCUGGCUUUUACCGUUACCUACUGUUAAAACCUCAUUUUUGUGGUUUUCUAAAUUAAAAUUUUACAAUGCCAUUUCUCAUGUAAUGUUGAGCCGAAACUAAUCUCAUACAACUUUGCAGACUCGUCAGUACGGUGCUUUCCCGUAUGCACAUCCAGGGAUUCGACGUGAAGGCGUUGCGAGCGUUCCGUGUGCUUCGGCCGCUCCGUCUGGUUUCGGGUGUACCCUCACUUCAGGUCGUGUUGAACGCCAUCCUCAGAGCCAUGCUGCCUCUUCUUCACAUUUCAUUACUGGUCAUGUUUGUCAUUAUCAUAUACGCCAUCAUAGGUCUAGAAUUGUUUUGUGGGAAGCUGCAUUCAACGUGGUGAGUUUCUACUAUAAUAUUAUCCUUUACGUGACUUUUCUCUGUUUUUUAAUACAGUAUGACAUUAUUCCUUCUUUUUGAAACUUUGUUUUCGAAUUUUCAAUAUUAUUCCACUUUUUGUGUCAAGUUUAAUAUUACUUGCAUAACCUUAUCACUCCUGAUUUCAGUGUUGAUGUAGUGACCGGAGACUUUGCUCAAAAGGACCCUUCACCGUGUGGUCGUGCAUCUACAGCGUACCACUGUGAACCGGCAUCAGCUUCAGCCAAACACAGUAGCAAUGGCUGGGUAUGUUCGGGUAACACGACGUGGCAAGGUCCCAACAAUGGCAUCACCAACUUCGACAACUUUGGCUUGGCCAUGUUGACCGUGUUCCAGUGUGUGUCGCUGGAAGGCUGGACUGACGUCAUGUACUGGGUGAACGAUGCUGUAGGAAGGGAAUGGCCGUGGAUCUACUUUGUCACAUUGGUCAUCCUCGGCUCCUUCUUCGUACUCAACCUUGUACUUGGUGUCUUGUCUGGAGAGUUCUCCAAAGAGCGAGAGAAGGCCCGAGCCAGAGGUCUGUUCCAAAAGUUUCGAGAAAAGCAGCAGCUGGAAGAGGACCUAAAAGGAUACCUGGACUGGAUCACACAAGCCGAGGACAUCGAGCCAGUCAACGACGACGACCAAGUGGAAGAUGAGCAACAACAGUUUCGUAAGUUGGUUAUUACUUCUUGUUUAGUUUUUAGGCUUGGGACCUAUUUACUUAAUGAUGCCUAAAGCCAUUUAAAUGUUUUUCAAAACUGAUUACGGUAAUUGCAGAACUGAACGGCGAAGAGAUCGACGAAGAAGGUGAGGAACGUGCUGACGAAAAGAAACCUCCCAUUUGUGGCGCUCAGAUCCGAACAUUUCAACGCUUCAACCGACGCUGUAGACGUGGUUGUCGCCGUCUGGUCAAAUCCCAAGGAUUCUACUGGUUGGUUAUCGUAUUGGUGCUUUUGAACACUUUGGUGCUGACAUCUGAACACUACGGACAGGAGCCUUGGUUAGAUGACUUUCAAAGUGAGUUACCUUACCGUAUUUAUUUUUUUAUAGAAUAGAAGUAAUAACUGUUCUUGAAGCAAGAAUAACAUUUAUAUUGACAUAGCUCUAAACAAUCGUUAUUUCAGCUGCCGCAAACCUCUUCUUUGUAAUACUGUUUUCCAUGGAAAUGUUACUCAAAAUGUAUUCGCUCGGCUUCAACACGUACACUACAUCUCAGUUCAACAGGUUCGACUGCUUCGUUGUCAUAUCAUCCAUCUUGGAGUUCAUCUUGGUCUACUUCGAACUGAUGAAGCCGCUUGGUGUGUCUGUGUUACGUUCUGCCCGUCUGCUUCGUAUCUUCAAGGUAACCAAGUACUGGACGUCACUCAGAAACCUGGUAUCGUCCUUGUUGAACUCGCUCAGGUCGAUCAUGUCGUUGCUGUUACUUCUGUUCUUGUUCAUCGUCAUCUUCGCCUUGCUGGGUAUGCAAGUGUUUGGUGGAAAGUUCAAUUUCAACCCAAUGCAACCCAAACCCCGUGCCAACUUCGACACCUUCAUCCAGUCACUUCUUACCGUAUUCCAGGCAAGUUACUGUACUCUUUGAUAAUUCUGCUUUUAGAUUCUGACUGGUGAAGAUUGGAAUACUGUAAUGUACAACGGUAUCGAAUCGUUCGGUGGAGUAGGGUCCAUGGGUAUGAUGGUAUCCAUCUACUUUAUCGUGCUCUUUAUCUGUGGUAACUACAUUCUGUUAAACGUCUUCUUGGCUAUCGCUGUCGAUAACUUGGCCGACGCUGACAGUUUGACAAACGCCGAGAAGGAAGAGGAGCAGACGGAGAUGGAAGUGGAAGAGCCAGAAGACGAGUACGAUGAAGAGAAGUACGACGAGAACGGCAACGAAGAGAUGCGAAUCCGCCCCAACGACAUCAAGGAUGGUGACGGAUCCGACAUCGAGGCCAACGAAGAAGAGCCAGUGGGGCCGCGACCUCGUCGCGUCUCGAAUCUACCCUCAAGUAAGAACGUGAAGCCGAUUCCAAAGGCUUCAUCGUUGUUCAUCUUGAGCCACACGAAUCCCUUCAGGGUAUUCUGCAACAAGAUCGUCAACCACACCUACUUCACCAACUCCGUGCUCGUGUGUAUCUUGGUGUCAUCUGCUAUGUUAGCAGCCGAAGAUCCACUCGAAGCCGGCAGUUACCGUAAUCAAAUCCUGAACUACUUUGACUACUUCUUCACGACCGUGUUCACGGUGGAGAUCACGUUGAAGGUUGUGGUGUUCGGUUUGGUGCUCCACAAAGGGUCAUUCUGUAGAAACGCCUUCAACUUGCUGGAUAUCCUUGUAGUAGCCGUGUCUCUCAUCUCUUUUGUACUCAAAUCAGGUAGGUAACGUUACUUUGGUCAGUUAUUCCAUGUUUAGAUGCCAUCUCCGUGGUCAAGAUUCUUCGUGUUCUGAGAGUGUUGAGGCCGCUUCGUGCCAUCAACCGUGCCAAGGGUCUGAAGCACGUCGUACAAUGUGUGAUCGUAGCCGUGAAGACCAUCGGUAACAUCAUGUUGGUGACGUUCAUGUUGCAGUUCAUGUUCGCCAUUAUCGGAGUUCAAUUGUUCAAGGGAACGUUCUUCUCUUGCAACGACUUAUCCAAGAUGACAGCGGCCGAAUGUCGUGGUGAAUUCAUAACAUACGAAGAUGGAGAUCCAACAAAACCGUUAAGAAUGGAGCGAGAAUGGACGAGGAACGACUUCAACUUUGAUAAUGUCAUGGACGCCAUGAUAUCGUUGUUUGUGGUGUCCACGUUCGAAGGAUGGCCAGAGUAAGUAUUAUAUGCUAAAUGUGCCAGAACAUUCUAGGUAUUACAAGAAAAUUGUUAUUCACAAAAUUACUUUUUUUAUUUUUCUUUAAAUGUGCGCCCUCGUUUGGCGCGAAUUUUAUACGCUGAAACGUGUACAGUUGCUUUGUUUCCGCGAAAAAUAAAAAAAAAAUUUGUUUUCAUAAUAAUUUUAGAAAGCUAAAGACAUUUACAACAAAAAUCGUAUAUUUUUGUAAUUAUUUCAUCUCUAUCAAGCCGACUAACAUUUUUGAACAAUUUCACAUUGAAUUGCUUUCAGUUUGCUCUAUGUUGCCAUCAACUCAAACGAAGAAGACAAAGGACCUGUCUACAAUGCGAGACAAGCUGUAGCCAUCUUCUUUAUCGCCUUCAUCGUCGUAAUCGCCUUCUUCAUGAUGAACAUCUUCGUCGGUUUCGUUAUCGUAACGUUCCAGAACGAGGGAGAACGUGAGUACGAGAAUUGUGAACUGGACAAGAAUCAAGUAAGUUAAUCAACGGUUUCUGAUAUAUUGAAACUUGGAAAAAUUGGAUGAUAAUAUUAGCAGCUUUUUGAAAUUUUUAAAGAUAUUCAACAUUAGGUAUAAACAAGUUGUAAUUCAUACAUUUUCAGCGUAAAUGUAUCGAAUUCGCGUUGAAAGCGAAGCCUCACCGUCGCUACAUUCCGAGGAACAGGUUCCAGUACCGUGUUUGGUGGUUUGUGACUUCUCAGUUCUUCGAGUAUGCCAUCUUCAUCAUCAUCUUGCUGAACACCACCACAUUAGCCAUGAAGCACUAUCCCCCAGACGUCCAGAUGGACAACGUGCUUGACAUCUUGAACUUGUUGUUCACAGGAGUGUUCGCUUUUGAAGCCGUCUUUAAGAUCAUUGCUUUGAACCCGAAGAACUACUUUGGCGACAGAUGGAAUGCAUUUGAUUUUGUCAUCGUACUCGGUUCUUUCAUCGACAUCAUCUACGGUAAACUGAGUCCUGGGUCCAACAUUAUCUCUAUCAACUUCUUCCGACUGUUCCGUGUCAUGAGGUUGGUCAAGUUGCUGGCUCGAGGAGAAGGCAUUAGGACGUUGCUGUGGACUUUCAUGAAGUCUUUCCAAGUAAGUCUUAAUAUAGUUUUAGUGUUGAUUAUUACUGCAAUAUCUUAAGUUUACAAUUAUUGUGAAAACUCAUGUUAUAUUUUAACUUCAUUUACUGCUUCAGGCCCUUCCGUACGUAGCGUUGUUGAUUGUUUUGUUGUUCUUUAUCUACGCUGUGAUCGGAAUGCAGGUGUUUGGAAAGGUAGCCUUGGACGACGAUACCCAGAUCCAUCGUAACAACAACUUCCACACCUUCCCUGCCGCAGUACUCGUAUUGUUCAGGUCAGCUACAGGAGAAGCGUGGCAAGAGAUCAUGUUGUCGUGUUCAGAACGGCCUGACGUCAAGUGUGAUCCGUCAUCUGACGACUACAAGAACGAUCCCAACGCACUUUGCGGAGUCGACUUUGCCUAUCCUUACUUCAUCUCCUUCUUCAUGUUGUGCUCGUUCUUGGUCAUCAACUUGUUCGUGGCUGUCAUUAUGGACAACUUCGAUUACCUGACCAGAGAUUGGAGUAUUCUGGGGCCUCACCAUCUGGAAGAGUUCGUGAGGUUGUGGUCUGAAUACGAUCCUGACGCCAAGGGGAGGAUCAAGCAUCUUGAUGUAGUCACAUUGCUACGUAAGAUAUCUCCACCGCUCGGUUUUGGUAAACUGUGCCCUCACAGGUUGGCCUGCAAGGUAAGAUACCGUAUCUGACAUAUUUUAAGUCAAGAUAAUAUUUAUUUUUGUACGGUCAAUUGUAUAUACUACUGUAAUGUUCCUUUUGUUAUUGCAUGUUGUCUUUCUUUGUAGCGACUCGUAUCCAUGAACAUGCCGCUGAACAGUGAUGGUACUGUCUGUUUCAAUGCUACUUUGUUUGCUUUGGUUCGUACCAACUUGAAGAUCUACACUGAAGGAAACAUCGACGAAGCCAACGAACAGCUUCGAGCUGCCAUCAGACGUAUCUGGAAGAGAACUCCUAUCAAGAUGCUCGAUGAAGUCGUACCUCCAGCUGGACGUAAGUACUUUACAGUAGUAUAUCAACUUAUUUAGGUGGCGAUGACGUUACUGUCGGGAAGUUCUACGCUACCUUCUUGAUCCAGGACUACUUCCGUCGCUUCAAGAAACGAAAGGAACUUGAAUCCAAAGGUGUCAUCCCAGUACAAAGUACUCAAGCUAUGGCACUACAGGUAAGCAUAUUAUAGAUGUUGUAGUUCAGAACAAAUUUAUUUUAAUAUUUUACUUCAGACAAAACUUAAUUUACAUAAUCAAAAGUAAAGUAGCAUAAACAAUAUUAUCUAGAGAAAUAAUCAAAUUUUAAUAAUUAUCAUAAUCGCCGUAUUUUAGGCCGGCCUCCGUACGCUACACGAAAUUGGCCCUGAGCUGAAGCGAGCCAUUUCCGGGAAUCUGGAGACGGACUUCGUGAACGAGCUGGAAGAGCCCCAACACAGAGUUAGUCAUCUUUUGUUUCGGCAUUGUUUGCCUAGGUUAUUCGAUUCCGUUUAUCGAAUGCCGGUUCGUGGACGUUUUCUGACCUCUUGAUGCCUUUUUGUAUAAAUUCAUCCGUCCAGAGAAAUUAGCGGCCGCUCGGAAGAAAGGCCCUCCGGGCAAUUGCUGCGGCCGUCAAAUUAAACGCCGGGAAUUGUUGUUUUAACGGACUUGUUUUCAGCGCACCCAUUCCCUCUUCAACAACAUUGUGAAUGCGUUGAGCGGCUCCAAUCAGCCGAGUAGUGCUAGUGGGGCCUCCACCACGCACCACCAGCCCUACGAGAGGGAGGAACGCAAGCUCUUGCCGCUCAAGAGUAAGUUCUUGCUCCGCAAGUCGGGCCUAAAGUCCGACUACGAGCUGGAGCAAGGGACCCUAGACCGUCUUCUGCCCACCCGCCCCAGCAACUUUAGUCUGCCCUUUUUCUGACGACCUCGUUAUUGUACAUACCUCAGGUUUCGUGUUUGUUUUACUACCUUUCCAUUGUUAUGAUUUACUGUUUGUUGCCAUUCUCGCACUUACGUACUACUACUUAACUCACGUACAUGUUGUGGUAACGUUGACACGACUGUUCCCCUUAUCAUUACAGUUUUGUGCUCACACUCCGGUUUGUGGUGUUUUAAUAUUAUAGUAGCCUUUAACCACUAUUCAGUUAGUUUUCCUGACAUAUUGUUAGUGUUCGAUGUAUGUUUGUAUGAUUACAAGUUCACUUUAAUAAAUGGUAUUUCGAGUGGCCCCGGCCGCGUUUUAACACCUUUAAUUUAUGUCGUGAUGUGAAUGGGGUAAUUUAAUAUUACUAAAUCAAAGCCAGAGUGAGUGCUUAACUAUGCACCAUCACACGUAAGUCGACGCUCGUGCAUGAAUGCACCACAGACACGCGACGUCGUCCACAAACCUGUCGUAAAGUAAAUAAAAUGUUGUCUUCCUCCAGAUCUGGCCUUAUUCUUUUAGUCUUUCCCAUGAGAGCCAAUUUCAUGCCAAAAUCUUCAAUUUCAUUUUUAGUGGAUGGCCUAUCCCCGACGCAUUCCAUUGCGGCCGCGGACACAAUCAGCAACGAACACUACCGUAUCCACCGCGGCAUGCCCACCAACAACAGCAUCAACAUCCCCACCAAAGUAGGUUACCCCGCCCCACUCGUAAUACUUUAGAACCACGUCUACCAGAACGAGCAUCAGCCAUUAGUCCAGAACAGGUAUGGGAAAACAAAUGGCGCCCCCAACACAGGAAGACGACUUCCCAAUCUGGCAAAACUUUAUGGCCGCGGCCCGGACAGGCACUUCCACACUUCGUCCACGGAAUCUCAACAACCUCUGAAUCCGUCCCAUGACUCACGGGAUUCUUCUCUAGGCCCACAAAGACCGGUCGACCCCGCUCGCAGAUUCAUCUUUGCCAACCGAACGUAAGUCCUGAAGUCAGCCUUCUAAUCUCGUUUCAGAAUGCCCCCAGAAUCAGAUGACGAGGACUGGUUCGAACGCCGACAAAGGAUCGAUGCCAUGGAGAGAAUGGAAGAAACGGAGAGAACUCGACCGCCAAUCCAGGAGCCCCUUCAGCUAGCCAGAAGCCAAGCCUUCGCUUUAGCCGGAGUCAAUUCUGACAACGAAUACGAAGUCCAGUCGCCAACCCACUCCAGGCUGGGCUUCGGAAUGAUGGAUAUGGGUAUCAUGGACGAUGACAACAGGACCUAUCGACCAGUGCCCGACGGACAGUCAGUCCGGCUACCUCACACUGACAGUCGACGAACAUUAUUCCGACCCGCGGAACCUGGUGAGUACUACAACUACGAGAAGCCCAGUGCUCCAUUAGUACAGCGACACCUGCCCAACAAUAGACAACACCCAGCCGACCAGCUAGUCCGAGACGCACUACAGACUAGUCUUGGCCGCUACAUGGAUCCCCAGGUGGUUGAAGUCGCUCGACGAGAGUUGGCUGAAGCCUACGAACUCAACGAACGACAGCUACAGUCGGCCGCCCAGUACACGCUAGCCAAUCCUACUUAUCUAGAGCACGUCGGUGGCAUCAGGCCGGAGGAGAUCAACGACUACAACCAGUACUCGCAGCAGUCUCUUCUACGUCGUGCUGACACUCAUCAUCAACCUCACCUCAGUCAAGGGACCAGCAACGCGGGCGGAUCCUCCAAAGACGAGGACCUGCUGCUGGUUACCACAUUGUAA